AUGAGCAAAGAAGAUGUAGAAUCACUGAAUACCCCUGCAGAAAGAGUGAGCAAGUCGGCCCGUCACGCAUUUUUGCUCAGAUUGAUGACAAACUGCGGCAUAUCCCAGGCUGAAGUCCUACAAGAUCAAUAUGGCGUUGCCUGGUUCCGAAAUUUUGUAGUCAAGACAAAAGCGUAUGCUGCUAUUGCUAGCAUUGAUACUGCUGCUCAAAACAAGUUCAAGGAUGAUAUCUUUGAAGCCGUUCUUGCAACAGGAUUUCUGUGCAACUGCGAUUGA